AUCCUUGCGCUCUUUAGAACUUCUCAUAUCCGACCAUCACGCAUGGCUACAUCUGCGCAGUCUCAGCGCCUGUACUCACCUCCAUUUGCUUCCAGUCAGUAGGAUCUACAUCCCGACCCUGCAAUUUCAGUGAUACGGAACCACACACAACAUGUUACCUCAGCGGAAUCGCCGGCAGUAUAAAGCCUGUGAGAGUACAAGGAUCUCGUCGCGGUGCUUCCCUACUCCCUCCAGCCAAGGCGACGUAUCUGAUCGCGAGGCAACAUGCCGGUCAUUCAGCAGGUGACCUCUGAACUUUCCAACAACCCUCUCCUUUUGCUAGCUGUUCUUCCGGCGGCGUUCAUCUUAGUUCGCGUUAUCACUUACUUCAAGGAUGCUUCCGGGUUGCGCUCGUAUCCAGGUCCAUUCCUCGCCAAGUUCACUGAUGCCUGGAUGUUCUGGGUAGUCAGCCACAACCGAUGGUCAAGCGCAGUUGAUGAAAUGCACCGUAAACACGGCCCCUUUGUUCGUCUCGCUCCGAACUACGUCUCCAUCUCCGACCCAAAGGCACUCGACGCGAUCUACGGCCACUCAGCUGGCCUCAUGAAGGCGAGCUUUUAUGACAUCUUCGCCAACUUCAGCGUCCGCAACAUCUUCAACACCCGAUCGCGCACGGAGCAUGCCCGUAAGCGGCGCGCGGAAGCGCACAUGUUCGCGCCCCAGAGUAUUCGUGCUGUCGAGCCUCUCUCGCACGUACACGUUGCCGAGUUCCUCCGUCAGUGGGAUCAUCUGGCCUCCCGCGUGCAGGAGUCUCAGCAUGGUGGCGGCCCCCUCAAAGGCCAGCUCGGAUCGGGCGCCUGGAGCGUGGAGAACGGUUGUGUUUGGUUUGACUGCAUGCCUUGGAUCAACUUCUGGGCAUUCGACACUAUCGGCGACCUCGCAUUUGGUCUUCCCUUCGGCAUGCUCAAGUCUGGUAGGGACACUGCCAGAGUCGCAAAGAACCCUGAAGAAGGCUUCAGGGCAAUCGAGAAGAUCACUGAAGGGUCUGGCAAGCUCGACAUCGAGGAAGAAGACAUACCAUACGUCGAGAAUCUCAGUACGCGCGCCGAAAUAAACGCCUGCCUCGGGUGGCUGCCGCGCGCAUGGCAGGUCAUCUUGCCGCGGAUACCUGGCAGCGGUUUCAAUAGCUACUCCGAUGCGAGUAAGAAGCUGGCGUCUCUGUCUAUCAUGGCCGUCGCGCGCCGCCUGGCCAACCCGAGCGGCAGACCAGACAUGCUCCAGAAGCUGCUGGAGGCGCGGGAUGACGAGGGCAAGCCGCUGAGUCCAGUCGAAUUGAGCGCAGAGGCUUUCGUGUUGAUCGUCGCCGGCUCCGACACCAUUGCCAAUACGACGUGUGCUACAACAUACUAUCUUGCUCGCGACCAGCGCGUGCAGGCUAAGCUGCAGGCUGAGCUGGAUGCUGCCCUGGCGUCUGUCGACUCCGAGGUCGCCCCAUACGACGUCGUCAAGGAUCUACCUUACCUCGACGCAGUGAUACACGAGGGGCAGCGCCUACAUGCAACCAUAGGUGCCGGGUUGCCUCGGGAGGUCCCCGCUGGCGGUGCCACUAUCCUCGGGCAUCAUUUGAAGGAGGGCACAUGGGUCAGCGUUCCGAUCUACCAUCUGCAUAGGGCCGAGUCUAUCUGGGGCCCGGAUGCGUCCGAGUUCCGUCCUGAGCGCUGGAUCGAGGCUAGUCCAGGAAGGAAGAAGCAGAUGAUGGAGGCCUUUGUGCCGUUCUCCAUCGGUCCUCGGGCAUGUAUCGGGCGCAGUCUUGCUAUCAUGCAGCUCCAUAUCAUCGUCGCUACGUUGUUCCGCCGGUACGAAUUUGCUCUGAAGUCUGAUGCUCCGCUUCAGAUCCGCGACGUUCUCGCCCGGAGGCCGCUCGAAUGCUUGGUUGGCAUGAAACGCAGGAAGAUUUGAGGCUAUCGGUGCGAGUGAGUCCAAGGUUCAGCGCAUACCAAUGUGCGGAUGUGGCUGAGACUGUACGGUUUCCAGCAAUACGCCAUCCCAUAUUA